AUGGGUUGCAGUUUGAAGAGAUUUCCAUGGAAGAAAAAAAGUCAUUUUAGUGAUAUCACGGGUCAUUAUCGAGAACUUCAAGCAAAUAUAGGAACUGACGCUAGGAGGACGCAUUUCGAUUGUUAUUUGGUAAAAGCGGUACCACUAUGCAGCCUUUCACCAAUGACGGUGGGUUCAAUAAACACUGGCCAGUUUUUGAAAUCAAGUCAAAGACCUGCUCGACAAUUUCGCUAUUUCAGUAUGCAAACUGUGGAGUUUGCAGUACCAUCCGAUUCAACAGAUGAACUUUCAACUAUUGAAUAUUUGGGAGGUGGCUCAUUCGGCAAUGUUAUAAAAAUUACGAACUUUAUAUGUGCCGACGGCCGACGAACAGUUGUUGCAAUUAAAAAGUUAUAUGAACCAUUUCGCGACGAAAAAACUGCGCUGAGAGUGUACAGAGAAAUUCGUCUACUUCAAAUGAUGGUCCAUGAGAAUAUUGUGCGGCUAUUAGACUUAUAUACACCUGAUAGUUCACUCCCUACUCUCUCCAUUGUGUAUAUUGUGACAGAAUAUGCUGGUAACAGUUUGUAUGAAAUUUUGAAAAGAGAACGUGAGACAGGAUUACGAAUUCUUACUCCUGAACAUCAUAAAUUUAUUAUUUAUCAGUUGUUACGUGCACUAAAAUACAUCCAUUCAGCAAAUGUUAUGCAUCGAGAUUUGAAACCGGGCAAUUUGGCUCUUACUGAUGAAUGCGAUUUAUCAGUUUUGGAUUUUGGUUUAGCUCGUUCAUUGAAUGCCGAUGAUACUGUUUUAUCUGCAUAUGUGAUAACACGUUGGUAUCGUAGUCCGGAAGUUAUGUAUUGGAAAAUAUGUUCUUACGAUAUGCAAGCUGAUGUAUGGUCUGUAGGCUGCAUUCUUGCAGAACUUAGCCUCGGACGUCCACUUUUUCCUGGGGAAGAUUCAAUGGCACAAUAUCGCCUGAUAGCAGAGCUAUGUGGAAGUCCGGAUCCAGAAUUAUUAGCUAAACUAGCUUCGAAUGAAGCUAUUCACAAUGUUAUAACAAAGCUGGGUGUUUAUUCGCGCAAAUCUUUUUCAGACUAUUUUCCCAAAACUUUUUCCAAACAUCUUGUUAACUUUUUGGAUCGGAUUCUUGUAUUGGACCCCGAGAAAAGAAUGACGGUAACAGAUGCACUUAGCCAUCCUUAUCUAGAGGAAUAUUCAAUGCCGGAGGACGAGCCAGUAGCGGAUGGGCCUUUCAAUCUGGACGAAGGGUCAAAUGGCCAGACUGUUGCAGAAUGGAAAGCUCUUAUAUGGAAAGAAUUAGUGAAUUUUGGUCAACGAAGGACAAAUAAUUGUUGA